AUGGAAUGGUAUUUGGGGCUAGGAAUAUUCAUACUAGUGUUAUUAGCCAUUGCACUUGGUAUUCUGUUAGCAUGUUUCUUUUUUGGUCAACAUUGUACAUUUUCAAUUCAAAAACGAACACCAAAUAUUGAACUAACACAAAUUCAACAAGAACAAGAGUUAAAAAGACAAAAACAAUUUGGUUCUAAAGUACGUCAAGCAUUUUCAUCAACAAAAUCAAAAAAAUCAAAACAAGCUCCGUUAAAACCAGUUGAAAACGUUGAAACUGUUGAAUUCAGUUUUAAAAUGGGUAAAAACGAUGAUGAUCAAGUGAAUGAUACCGGUAUGCCAGCAUUAACAACUGUGCAACAAGUGAAUGAACCAAUUAUGAUACCAAAACAUUUGACACCGAAAGAAUUAGAAGGAAGAAGAAAGCGAAGAGAAGAAAUAAAAAAGAAAUACAACUUAUAA